UAUAAACACUGUCCACAAUGUUAAAACAAAGGCAAGGCCUUCUGCAAAACAGUAGAGUCAGCAGUUUUGGUAGCCAUGAGAACUUCUUCAACAUUAUUCGUAUUCUUGAUGUAGUAAAAGUUUACAUUUCGCCAGAGUAGGCUAAGUUGUGCGAGUGUUAUAUCGAAAAUUUUGAGUGCAUGUUUUUCGUGAACAUUUGGACGGUUUUUCCGUAGUUCUCUGUUGAUUUUGGCGAUCAGUUCUUGCCGAAGAAGUAACGAUGAAGCGCGUGAGGAUUCAGAUCAAACAGAGGCUUGAAGCCAAAACUACCUUGGCGCGUGGUGCCAUGAAGGAGAAGAGCAAAAACGCUGCCAGAUCAAGAAGGGAAAAAGAAAAUGCCGAAUUCUUAGAACUAGGGAAACUUUUGCCACUCCCAGCUGCCAUUACGUCACAGUUAGAUAAAGCUUCAGUUAUACGACUUACGACAUCUUAUCUGAAAAUGAGACAAGUUUUUCCCGAUGGUCUUGGCGAUGCUUGGGGAGCAACACCAGCGGUACCGAAUCCACGAGAUUCACUGAUCAAAGAACUCGCUUACUAUCUUCUGCACACGUUAGAUGGGUUCAUUUUCGUAGUAGCUCCAGAUGGAAAAAUUAUGUAUAUAUCAGAGACUGCAUCCGGUCAUUUAGGACUUUCACAGGUAGAACUAACAGGCAACAGCAUAUACGAAUACCUUCAUCCAGCCGAUCACGAUGAAAUGACAGCUGUUUUAACGCCAAGUAUGCCGCCCCCUGGUACGCCGCCCCUGCAGGAUUACGAAACUGAUCGCGUGUUUUUUUUGCGGAUGAAGUGCGUUCUAGCAAAAAGGAAUGCGGGUCUCACCAAUGGUGGAUACAAAGUUAUCCACUGCUCGGGUUAUUUGAAAGUGAAACAGUUCAACACAUCAUCAUCAUCACCUUACGAAGCUUGCUACCAAAAUAUGGGAUUGGUUGCAGUAGGACAUUCCCUUCUUCCAAGUCCAAUGACUGAGAUAAAGCUCCACACAAAUAUGUUUAUGUUCAGGGCAAGUUUGGAUUUGAAACUGAUAUUCUUAGAUGCCAGAGUUGCUCAAUUGACAGGCUAUGAACCACAGGACCUCAUCGAAAAGACUUUAUAUCAUUAUAUUCAUGGGAGUGAUAUUUUAGCCAUGAAAUACGCACAUCACCAACUGUUAUUCAAAGGACAGGUGACAACCAAAUACUACAGAUUCUUGAGUAAGGGUGGAGGAUGGGUGUGGAUGCAAAGCUACGCUACUAUUGUCCACAAUACCAGAUCUUCAAGGCCUCAUUGCAUCGUUUCAGUGAACUACGUACUUAGUGAGCUCGAAGCAAAGGAUCUCAUACUCAAUAUAGCUCAAGGACCUCCUCGAGAGGAAAUAUCGACCUCGCCACACCAACCUCAUUCACCUCUCCAGGCCCCACCGAGGGCCCUACCGUCACCUCAGAAGUUCCCAAGAACGCCGGCCAUAACAUCAACAAUAAUUUCCCCCCACACUUCGAUACCAGAUGAGGAAUUCAGCGAUUCUAAUGGAGCAAACGCCAAUCCCGCGUAUAUUCCAUCCGAGUAUCCCCUUUUUGUGCCAAACUACACAGGUGAUGAAUCGAGCUACUACCAUCAGCCGCAAGAAUUAUUCUGCCAUCAAUACUCCGACCCGGAAACUAGUCAACAUCCGUUCUUGAGUGCGCCCAUGGCACACCAAAGGAUAUACAGUUCCUCAUCUCCACACAUUCCUCAGCAACAAAGACCUUUCAGUGCCUCGUCCUCGAGUUGUAGUUCUUCAGAAAGUGAACAUUUGACCAUUCAAAACUUGAGUAACCCUUACUGCAGUACAGAGACUCAGCACAUGAGUCACUUCAACUUGAACUGCUUCAACAACAACCAGAUGCCUACACCGAGCUAUGGACAACUGAGCACCCAUCAUCCUUCAGGUCCUGCUGGUUAUACUAGUGUUAUUGUGGAUAAUCAGCAGUACCAAAUGACGAACGAAUAUGUACAUUAAUUUUAUGUAUUUAAAAAGUACCAGAACAUGACUGGCUUCUGGUACGAAUCAUUUGAUUCUGUAACAUUAGUUGUCCAAAUGAUUAUUAUUCUGAAAUCAAGGAUUGUUGCCUCAAAGCCUUUUCUACGACAUCACCGGAUCAUUGUGAAAAAAUCAUAUAGCAAAAUUUUGUAUUGUCAUACCGCAGUUAGAAAACUUGAAUUGAAAGAAACAACCUCAUAAAAUAUUAUCUUUAAUAUGCGGAACAGAAAAAACUAGUAGUUAAAAAAAAUCGCUACAUCGAACACAUUAGGAUAAGCAUAUUUUUCACGAAAUUGAAAACUUGACAUCACUUGCUGAGGUGAUUUUUUUCGCUAGACGAAUCAGUCAUUAAAUUCUAUUUAACGUUUUUAAUUACAUCACCAUUUAAAUUUUAAUUCCACUGUCGAUAGAUGGCUUUUCCAUACAUGUAUGUAUUGUAUAUCUUCAUGAAUGAGGUUGUAUAUAUUUUUCAGUUAUAUUGUAUAUUUUUUCAUCAUUUAUAUUUCAAAAAAGGGAAGGUGUGCUGUUUGUGCAGUGACCCAGUUGAAGAUUUUGUAAAUAAUUAUUGAAAUAUAUAGUUCCCCAAGAGUUUUUGUGAGACGAAGACUUUUGAUUGCAUAGAUUGUAAAUAGUCAUAUUUUGAAUACAAAUGUGUGAAUUUUUAUAUAGAUCGGACAAUAAUAUAAGACUGUGAAUAUAGGAAAAUGUAAAUAUAUUGAUAUGUAUAAAAAUGUCAUACUUGAGAAAAUUAAUUUUGAAUAAGAAAAAAGAAAUUAAUAAAAAUUUUUGUUACCA